AUGGGUAAGACAAUCCAAAUCAUAUCUCUUCUUCUAUGCCGCCCGUUUCCCCCGCUCCCACAAUCUGUACCUUCGUUGGUACGGUCAAGCGUGUGCUCGACGCUGAUAGUGACCCCGCUAGCUGCACUGCUACAGUGGAAAAGUGAGCUCGACAGGUUUGUUGUUCCGGGACGCCUCUCUGUGCUUAUCUACCACGGAUCGCAGAGGCGGGCCCUCCACUCAGCACUCCAUCAGUAUGACGUUGUUCUAACUACCUACCAAACUGUGGAGCAGGACUUUCGCAAGCAAACAAAUAAACACAAAGUCCCUUGCGAGGUAUUGACGAGGAUCCACUAG